AUGCUUCGCUCGCUGCUCGGGACUCUCGCACUGUUGGCCGCGCAGGUCAACGCGCAGACGUGCGGUUCCGGCCUAGUACUCGAGACAUCGUAUGGCGUCUCGGCAUGCUGUCUACCACAGACACUGCUCCAGUGCAGCUCGACCGUCUUGCAGUUCACGCAAUCGGGCUCGUACCUUGACGCUCAGAAGGUGUGCACGUACAAGCCGCUUGCUGCCGGCACGUACAUCCAGUUCUCUGCGCCUUCCUUCAUGUCGUACGUCCCGGCUAUCGAGCUCUUCGGAGUGCCCGGUGAGGCGGGGAAUGUCAAGAACUCGUCGACCGCGGGCGGACUGGGUGCACAAGUCAGGCUUGGGGGUACCUGGGCGCUUCCGACGAACCCCUCGGGCGAACAAGCGACAUGGGGUCGUGGCGGCGCAGCUAGCGUCGUCAUGAUCGGCAACCAGCAGAUCUGGGCGGCGGGCGGCGGCGGCGGAGGAUCUGCCGGACCUGGCGGCAACGCUCACGUCGUCGGCGACACGACCGGACCGUACUACGCCGACCAGGCUGGUCAGGCGCCUACCUCGGACGCGACGACUCCGCCUGUUGCUGGCGGCGGAGGAGCAGGCUAUCUAGGCGGAGUCGCCGGUGAUACAGCCUCGAUGUCAGGCGGAACGGGCGGACAAAGCUUCCUUGGACCUUCCUCAAACCUGAACUUGAACGCGGUCACCUCGAAAACAAACUACCAGUUUGCUCCAGUCGUGAUUAGUUUCACAUGCGUUGCACCCACGUACUACGUGACAAUACCCGCUGUCACGCAGACCGUGCAGCAGACGUUGGUCGUCACGCAGUCCGCCACCAUCCUCGCUCCUGCGCAGGUGACGGAGACCGACUACGCCGAGACUCCCGCUGGUACCGACACUAUCACUGCGACGUCUAAGCCUCCCGCAUCCUCGGUCACCUCCACAGAAACCGACUACACCUAUCCGCCACAAAGCACCGACGUCUCGUGGGUCACUCCCCCAACUUCGACCUUCACGGAGACUGCAUCCGUCUUCAGCGAGGGCGCCUCUACGACGCUCGUCGACACGUAUACGCCGCCCGUCAGCUCUGUGACCGAGACGGACACUUCUACCGUGACCCCCGCCCUCGCCUACUCCACCUCGACUUCCACCCCGCCAACCCGCACCAUCCUGCAGACCGAGACCGCGACCGACACAGUCUCAAGCGGAACCUUUACUGCCGUCGUGACGAGCACGAGGGGUCGCGCAAGCUGCACUCAGCUCCGCAUGACGUACCCUUCCGCCUGCUGCCCGACACGCUAUAUGUCCGGACUUAAGUCGGUCUCGACAGCUCCGCCUACGCCUGCGAGCGCUGCUCGCCUUCGCCGUCGCAACCGCCGAAGCAUCGGCUUGCAGAAGCGCGAUACGAUCACGGUCAGGAGUGGCACCACCACUGUGACAAACAGCGUCACGAGCACUAGCUAUCUGUCAACAGUUACUCCAGCGCCUCAGACUAUUGCGACUGUCACUGUGACGACGGCAGGAGCGAACGCGACGGCUACUUCUACCGAGACCGAGGCAGCAGACACCUUGACGUUCUCGGCGACGACAAUUUUGCAAGGAAACGCUUCCACGACAACCCUCGUCUCGACCGCAGAUGCGCCUUCAACGACCGAGACCUCGACCGCCUUCUUUGACAAGUCCACCCUCACGCUUCUCGCAGCGACCAGCACGGUCGCGACUUCGGUACAGUACCUCACGCUCGACACGCCAACUUCGGUUAUUGAAGAAACUGCGCCAACGCCGCUCUACACCUCGACUUCGACCAUGCACGUUCAACAGACAAUCCCCGCUGCGACGGCAACUACAACGACGUAUGCCAAGCCGUCCUCGUGCGCCGUCAACACCGUCUGGGCUGCCAGCUGCCCUGUGCCCUUCCUGCAGAGUCUCGACCAGUCAACAAAACUACUCUCUGGCAACCAGCCGGUCAUCGUCGACUGCGGGUCAGCCGGCUCGUUCACGUACUAG